AUGGUGUGUAGUGGUGGUGCCAGUGGUGGUGGUAGUGGUGCCACAGGGGGUGAGGCUCUCGUGUGCCGGGUAGCUGCUGUGGUUCCCGGUACGAGCGAGGCUUCAGCAAGGCAGGCAUUACAUGUUGCCAGCGGGGAUUACCAGGGUGCUGUGCGCUUCCUUAAGGUGGAAAAACUUUACAGACUGGGUGUAACGAGCAAAGAUGAGUGUGAGGUGAUUUUGGAGGCCAACAGCUGGGAGUUAGAAAGGUCAGCCUCAGCUCUGCUAGACAAGUUUGUCUAAGAAUGGAAAAUAGAGAUGCUAAGUUGGAUCCCUCUAGACGUGCAAAGGAACAUUGCUGGUAUGACUGUCAACAACAGAGCCAUAUGCAGGAACAAAGGUUAUUUAAUUACUUUUUUAUAGAAACAUAAACUAGGUAUAAUCUCUGCUGUAAUACAAAGAAAUGUAAUUACCAUGUGCAUUUUAUACCAUAUACAUCCAUAGAUUUAUAACUGGUUUCUGUGAUCAGUAUUUUGAAUGUAUCAAUUAUAGAUUUAAAUUUGCAUUUUCCAGAUCCUAAGCAUGAUCAGAUACAUGGAAGAGAUUGCUUUCCAGUUUGACAAGCAAACUAUAUGUCUUAGUGAUGAUUCUGCAUGUUGGUGUGCAUUUGAAUCCCACUUUCAGUCCGUGAAGCUUUUUUGAUCCAUUUUGAGGAUGAUUGUAAUGAUGAUUGU